AUGUCGAUAGACAUCAACUGGGAGACCCUCACCACGGGCUCUGAUGGCGAAGCGCUGGCAGAGAGUAUCCGGGCUUUCAUUCAUGAUCGCUUCCAAAAGAUAGCCCUCCCACGUAUGAUACGCUCUGUCAAAUGCCACGCUUUCGAAUUUGGCAGUGUCGCUCCGACAAUCGAGCUCAAAGACGUCUGUGAUCCAUUGCCUGACUUUUACGAGAACGACGCCGAUGACAGUCAAGAGGACGACGAGACACCUGGCCAAGUCGACGAGAGUCAACACAGCGUUGCCACCCCCAGGGUCGAUGAGACGCGUCCUCACUAUCCGCACAACGCAUCCUUGAGUCGCGAUGAAUUCCACAACUCUCGAUUGACAAAUUCUCGAGAACACAUGGGGAACCCAAUUCUAUCCAGGACAGCCACGCCAGGCAUUUUAGGAGGCACGUCGAAUCUGGGCUAUUUUCACUUGCCACUAUCGGCAGGCCUCUCAGGUACCACGACCCCAUUGGCCGCUGUGGCCGGCGCACAAUUCCACAAUGCGCGACAUGGUCCUUCCCAAUUGGCUCAGUCACCAGAGAGUAACUACUCUGACAGCGAGACACGGCACCGCUCGACAUCGUUCGGUUCUCUGACCCCUUCAUCAUCAAAAUCGUCUUCGCGUCCAACCUCAAAACACUUGGACUGGCCCGAUGAGUCGUUGCAACACGAUGGCCAUGGCUCCGACACGUCUCACCAUGGGGCUGAGCAAGAGCGCAGCUCAGAGGACGUUCAGAUGGUCUUUCACGUGGCAUAUUGCGGCGAUGUCAAGCUCAGACUGACUGCCGAGAUCUCGCUGGACUAUCCAAUGCCAAGCUUUGUAGGCAUUCCUCUGCAGCUCAACAUUACAGGUCUUACCUUCGAUGGUGUUGGCAUAUUGGCUUAUAUCAAGAAAAAGGCUCACUUUUGUUUCCUUUGUCAGGAAGAUGCCGAAUCCUUGGUCGGUGGAUCCUUGACAGGCGAGCACGAAGAGCACAGCGCCAAUUCACCACAGGUCUCACGCAAGUUGGGAGCUCUCUUGGAAGAGAUUAAGGUCGAAAGUGAGAUUGGUCAACGCGAGGGAGGAAAGCAAGUUCUCAAGAAUGUGGGGAAGGUGGAGAAAUUCGUCCUCGAACAGGUGCGUCGCAUCUUUGAUGACGAGUUUGUGCAUCCCAGCUUCUGGACGUUCUUGGUAUGA